AGCCGCGCCCCCCCAGCCAAUCACGGCCGGGGAGGAUCCGCCGACCCCGCCUCUCCUCGUUGCGGAUCAUGCGCAGCUCGCGCCUGCGGAACUGCGGAUCCCGGGUCUGACAGGGUUUGGGGCUGUUUCCAUUGAAUGACCGGGAAGGCUGUCGGUGCAUAGCGUUCCUGCAAAACUGCUGAACGGAAAAGGACCUUGGGAAAUUUCUCUGGACACCGCUGAACUUAACAAACCUAGUGGCCCUGGGCCUUUCCAGUUUUUCCCGGCAAGUGGAUUCGAGGCAACAUGUCUGCUUCAAUGAAAGAAUGCCUGCAGCUUCAGCUGCUGGAGAUGGAAAUGCUGUUUUCUAUGUUUCCUAACCAAGGAGAAGUAAAACUUGAAGAUGUAAAUGUCCUGACGAAUAUAAAGCGUUAUUUGGAAGGCACUAGGGAGGCGCUGCCGCCAAAAAUCGAAUUUGUGAUUACCCUCCAGAUUGAGGAGCCCAAGGUGAAAAUUGAUUUGCAAGUAACCAUGCCUCACGGCUACCCCUAUGCAGCGUUGCAGCUAUUUGGACGGUCCUCUGAGCUUGACCGACAACAGCAACUCCUGCUCAACAAGGGUCUCACUUCCCAUAUAGGGACUUUUGAUCCAGGUGAGCUCUGUGUAUGUGCGGCAAUCCAGUGGUUGCAGGACAAUAGUGCCUCCUAUUUUCUGAACAGAAAGCUUGUUUUUGAACCAUCUACACAAGCAAAGCCAGUCAAGAACACAUUCCUCCGAAUGUGGAUCUACAGUCACCAUAUAUAUCAGCAGGACCUAAGAAAAAAGAUUUUGGAUGUUGGGAAAAGGUUGGAUGUGACUGGAUUUUGCAUGACAGGAAAGCCGGGUAUAAUCUGUGUGGAGGGCUUCAAAGAGCACUGUGAGGAGUUCUGGCACACAAUUAGGUACCCCAACUGGAAACACAUUUCCUGUAAGCAUGCUGAAAGUGUUGAAACCGAAGGAAACGGAGAGGAUCUGCGCCUUUUCCAUUCUUUUGAAGAAUUGCUCCUUGAGGCCCAUGGCGACUAUGGAUUAAGGAACGACUAUCACAUGAACCUGGGCCAGUUCUUAGAAUUUCUCAAAAAACAUAAAAGUGAGCAUGUGUUCCAGAUAUUAUUUGGUAUUGAAAGUAAAAGCUCAGAUGCCUAGGAAGCUAGUAAGAGGCCUGUGCUUAUAAUUUCUCUAAGUCGGUAUUUCUGUGAACAAGACCAAAAUAAAAGGGCCAGUGGCUGUUUGGCAUCCUCUGUGAGACCCCUAGCCCCACAAUUUUUACCUGGUAAUGAAACACAAAGGCCUUUUAACUUUAUAACAGUGCAAUUGUAAUGUUAUCUCUAUGUUCUUGUGUUAACUGAAAACUAUUUAAUUGUAAAUUAAUAAAAACGGCCAAUUUAACCAGCGAAACUGACUUGAUUAAAGAGGCGUCCAAAGCCCGUAAUUAAUAUCAAUAGUCAAAGUGCAGCUCUGAACUCAUACAUAAUAUUCCUCUCUCAUGCAGUUAACACAUGAUGACGCAGCACAUUUUCUUUCUUUCAUUAUUGGGGAAUGGAUUCUAAGUCAAGUUUAAAGUGAGAAGAGCACAUCUUGACUACAUUCCUUGCUUGAAGUUAAACCCUCUGUUUAUAGUUUUUUUUUUUUUUUAGUAAAACUUGAUCCUGACUAUGGUAACAGAGGAAUCAGAGCAGCAAAGUCUCAAGAGUAAUGAAGAUGACACGUAGUGCUCUGUGUUCUCUGCCAGGCUGUUUUCACCAGCUGAUUCAUGAUAUUAAGGAUAAGGAUACCAUAAUAGUCUUAAUUCUCAUUCACAAAAAAAGAUGUGGUUUCAUGCGUACAAAGUAUUCCCCGAGUACUACAUACUGGCAGCCUUUGCCUGUGCACAAGGCACAAGGUUUGUAGGACGGGAGUAUUGAGGAGGACCUGGACCUGCUGAUGGAGGCUCUGCUCCAUCACCUUGUGUGUGUGGGUGGGGGGGGAAUCAAGCUGUGCAUUUCCGUGAGAAGUCACUCCAAAAAUAUGGCUUCACCAGCCUUUGUCAAAAGUGAGUUUAUUUUGAUGACAGGGACCCUUAUUUAACUAGCACCUGCCACACCUUUUCAUUGCAAAGUAUCCACCCUCCCCAGGAAUUUCUGGGAGUCCUACCUGUGUUAAGAGAUGUCCUGAGCUGACCCUGCAACUUUCUGUGGUUUCCAUGGUCUCUCUUUAGCCACUGCUGGAAGCAUUUCAUUUUCUUUCUCUGGAAGCAUUUCAUUCUCCAGCUGCUGUCAGCCACCUCACUGAUGUGCUGGUCCCCUCAGGAUGCCAAAAAUGGAUGCCGAGGGUUAGUAACUUGAAGGGGAAUGAGUGCCUCACUCCCUAGGUCACAUUCUCUUAGACAUCAGACAUUGCUGCAUAUGCUGGGGAGUUUACAGAAUUUUUGGUGAAAUAGUACAUUCUGUGUCUAGGAUGCAGACACAAGUCCUUGAGCUAGGGCAAGGAUAUAAUGCAACAGCAGACCCUGCACUAAACUGACUGCCUUGACCUUGAGGCCUUGGAACUGGGUCUAUUCUGUCCUGCCCACACUAUUAGCUCAGAAUGAGUUUCUUUCCGGGGCACAACUCAGACCUUUAAACCAAGGCUCUUGUCAUGGGCCUGCCUUGCCAGAUGAUCCAGUUUGCCCAUUCAUGUCUUAAUCCAGCCUUGGAUGUGGCUGGGGCCCAAGCCAAGGACCUUAAACUUUACCUUUAUUGGUAUACAAAGGGAAGAAGUAGAACUUAUAUUGCCAAAGACUCAUUUCUCAGUCUUUGUCAGGACUGAAAACCAGAUAGUCUAGGAGCCAGUAUCCUGCAUAUUCUCCCCACGAUCAUCAGUAAGUAGCAUUCACAAGUUUUUAGGCCCUAAAUAUAUGUGACUCAAUUUUUUUUCCAUAUUAGGUGUCAUCCACCUAAUAAUGUGCCUAACCCUCUCAUAGAGGAUUUUUUUUCUAUGAUUAAAUUAGCAGAAGUUGUGAUGGAAAGAUGAAGAAGCUGAAAGAAGUAUAAUAUAGGAUAAAAAAUCUGCUUAAUUCACUAAAUGAAAGGAAUAACUUAUUUUAUGAACUCUUUACUGCUUCUGUAUUCUGGUAGUAAUUUUUUAGGACCCAUUUUUACAUGCUUGGUAUUACCAUGCAGUAAUAUAUUUUUCCUAUCAGAAACACUAAUAGUAGACAUUAAUUAUGGGAGAAGUAUAGGUUUUAUAGAAAAAUAUAUACAUAUAUUAUAAUUCAAAGCUCAGCUUUGUGUGUAUAGUAGACUGCUAGUUUUCUUUGCCCAGACUGAGGGGCACAGGCAACCCUCCUAAACACACACACACACCCCACUUACUCUGAGAAACUACCCUUUCUCUGUAUGGUUUGGGAGAAGUAACUGGCAGCCUUCUAGAGAGAUGGUUUUGAGCUCUUGCCGCUUAAUCCAUAGAGCCGUCCUCAUUUCCAGCCUACUGAAUGUUUAGUCACUCAGCACUUCUGAGGUACCCAACAUCUGCCCUUUUUUUUUCUGGAAAGUCAAAUACCAGUCUGAAUCACUUGGAAUUUAAGGAUCGUGAUAUUGUAUACAU